AUGCCAGGCCUGAUCAACAAAGCCAAACGCAGCGCUCUGCCGCUCAGUAUCUCUGAGGUCACGUCCUGCGUCAGGGGUUACACUCUGGCCAUGACAGCCUCAAUGACUUACAAUAACAUAGAGGACCAUCCCAUUGAGGGCAUCUUUAUAUAUCCCCUUGAAGAAUGUUCUACUGUGGUGGGAUUUGAAGCGAUGAUAUCCAACCAAAUAAUAACAGUUCAGAUCAAAGACAAGGCAAAAAUCGAUGACUGUUAUUUUGAAUGUUGCACGGCCAACGGCUCUUUCCAGUCUGGCAGUGGGCAUAUCGUGCUGGAUGAAGAUCUGGAGAGGACUGUGCUUGUGGUUAACUUGGGGGUCAUCCCCCCCCUGGAGACGGUAAACAUUCUUGUCAGCACAUCCUCGGAGCUGCCCACACUGCCUAAUGGAGGCAUUAGAGUCAUGUCACCUCCAGUUUGCUCACCCAGGGUCCAGCGCUCCGUCAAAGAGGAGCAGGCUUUCUCGCCGAGCGCCAGCAGGAGGAGGGACAGACACCACUGUGCCCUUGGUGCACAUGACCAGACAGCUGUCAGCAGCCAGCUGUGUCUGGCCUGGCUCCUGGAUGAAGAAUCCAUCAACUCCAUUGACUAUGAGUUCAACUUCCAGCUGGAGAUCAGAGCUCCGUAUCUGCUGGCAGGGGUGGAGAGUCCCUCCCAUGCCAUCCGGGCUGAUGCCGAUCCCUCCGCCCGCUCAGCCACCAACAUAGUGGUUACACUUGCCGACAAGUACACCUAUGACUGCCCCGUGGAAAUUAUCAUCUACACUAGUGAGCCUCAUUUGCCUCACGUCCUGAUUGAGGAUGGAGACAUGACACCAGAGGAGUAUGAUGAACAUCUGAAAAGCAGGAGUGACUUUAUUAAGGCCACCAAGAAGGACUCAAGCAAUGAAAAGAAAGUGGACAUCAUUCGUAAGAGGCUCCACAAGGACAUCCUUCAUAACCCGGUGGCCAUGCUAAACUUCUGCCCAGAUCUCAAAUCUGUGACCUCUGACCUCAGACGGGUUCAGGGAGAGUUCAUCUUUCUCAUUGACCGCAGUGGGAGCAUGAGUGGGAUCAACAUCAGUCGUGUUAAGGAUGCAAUGACGGUGAUCCUGAAAAGCCUCUUUCCUGCCUGCUUGUUCAAUAUAAUCGGUUUUGGUUCCACUUUUAAGACGCUGUUUUCCACCAGUCAGAUUUAUGACGAGGAGACUUUGGCCAUGGCCUGUGAACAUAUCAAGAGGAUCCGAGCUGACAUGGGUGGCACCAACAUUCUGGCACCACUCAAAUGGAUCUUGCGGCAGCCCCUGCAGAGGGGUCAUCCGCGUCUUCUCUUCUUGCUCACGGACGGCGCUGUCAGUAACACCGGGAAGGUCAUCGAGCUUGUUCGUAGUCAUGCCAGAUUCACCAGGUGCUACACGUUUGGGAUUGGCCAGAGUGCGUGCAGGAGGCUUGUGAUUGGACUUUCCUCUGUUUCCAAAGGCAGUGCUGAGUUCCUGGCAGAGGGAGAGAGACUGCAGCCCAAGAUGAUUAAAUCCUUGAAGAAGUCCAUGUCUCCUGUACUGAGUGACAUCUCCAUUGAAUGGCUGUUUCCUGAGACAAAGGAGGUCUUGCUGUCUCCUGUGGGCACCACCUUUUUGCUCCCUGGAGACCGAAUGAUUGGAUAUUGUGUGGUCUGUGAUACAACACGUUUCCACCCCAAUCCCAAAUCUGACAAACGGCGGCGGUACAGUAUGACUCGGUCCACCGAAUCAGCCAGCUCAGUGUUCUUCCACUCCCAGGAGGAGGACCCUGGGAAGACCACCUCCGACACACAGUGGGCACACAAGGACGUGCACUGUGGGGGUCAUUUCGAUGGUUACCAGGAGACCGUGUCUGAAUGCAGCCCCACUGUAGCAGAGCCAGAUGCAACAGGAAUAGAAACAACAACCUCAACAAGAAGACGUGCCUAUAGUACUAAUCAAAUAGUUGAUUAUAACCCUAUGAAGAAAAUAUACACACCCAGUGACCCCAGCUCAGUCGUGGGGAAGAACCCUCUGAGAAGAGCCAAGGUCCAGGAGUUAAUUGGGCAGAUGAGCCCUGAUUAUGGGGCUCAGUGGAAUAUGGACUAUGAGCCGCAGUUGGCCAGCCUUUGUGCCGCUCCCUCCAGAGGUGCCACUUCUUCCAAGCACAGGCCUGUGGUGCAGCCCCAUCAGGUGGACCAGGGGGAGGCAGAGUCUGAACAUGCCCAGAUGAGCCCCAACGUGCCCCAAGUACCAUCCCGCAGCCCCGGAGCCCUGGAAAACGACUCUAGAUCUUCCACUGACAGCCCCUCAGUGGGUAGCAUUGGGGAUGCAGAUGGCUACACACAUCAACUCUGUGAAAUUGAAACACCUCAGGAUCACCACAUGCCAGACCUUAAUUCAGCGAAUCAGGGGCAGGGAAACUGCAAAGCUGUGGUGACAGGCUUGCUGUGUGGGAAGACGGUCAAAUGGGAGGUGACUUUUGACAUUGAGCCCUACUUGAAAGGUCGUGAACGAGAGGAGAAGGUCCACGAGGACCUGUGGAAUGAGACAUUUCAUCAUCUUGCUGGGCGUUCCAUCAUUCAAGACUUUGAGCAUAUGGCUGAGAAAGAGUCUGAGAUCGAACACGGCUCUGGCAGGAGGUAUCAGUUGUAUGCCAUUCAUACCAGCAAAGCCUGCAACAUCCUCAGUAAAUACACCGCCUUUGUGCCCGUCGAUCUGGACAGCAAUGAAUAUUUGCCUACCUGCAUUGAAUACAUUAAUACUGGGGAUGACUUGAAAAAGGGUUCACAUUCCAGCUCCCGCCCAGGGAGCAGAAAGAACCGUGGCUAUUCUGUUGGUCUGGGACGUUCCCAAUCAAGCUGCAUGUCAGAGUCAGAGGACCCGCUUUUGCCCCCCAAUGCUGAGGAUGUUGCAUCACCUUGUAGCACACCCUCAUCGUCUGGCUGGGAACGAUGUAGCUUCACGGAAGCCACUCAGCGGAGUCCAUCAGUGACCUCAGACCAUUCACAGAGACCAGUAGAGAGUCUCUUCUCUGCCAGGCUGAGUCUGUCCAGAACUCGACUCCUGACCAAGGCAGCGCGAGGCUUCAUGUGCCGCACUCACAGCAAAACAAGCAACUCAUUAGGAGAGAACGACAACGAUAACAAGGACUACAUCCCACUGGUGUCUUUGCAGUUAGCCUGUGGAGCCUUUAUGCUUGACAGCGCCUUGUGUGAAGCUAUCAGUGUGCCCAUGGACAAGCUGAAAUGGACGUCUCCCUUCACUAGUCACAGGGUCAGCUUGACUCACCCUUCCAGCUCUAGCGCCCGUCGAACUGAGAGUCAAGAUGGCAGCCAGGUGUCUCCAUUUCCUUCCAAAGAUGCGGUGGUCACCCACGAGGGAGAUGAGCUGUCAGUUUACAGCCCAAGCUCACCGGUCCAGGCCAGAAUCACUGAAACGGAUGGCAGACCCACGUUUUUGGGCAGCUCCAUCUCCUCCACAUCAGCUGAGCCCCCACUCUCCCCCAUGUGCUCGCAGACUGACAGCGGUCGAGGCUCCGAGUCAGAGAACGCAGAGACCCCUCUGCCGAUAUCUCCCGGGGUGUGGCAGAGGGGCAUGCUGGAGCCCGAGGGCAUGGUGUGGGCGACGGCUGUAGCGCUAGCCUGGUUGGAGCAUAGCUCAGCCAGCUACUUCAUCGAGUGGGAGAUGAUUGCAGCUAAAGCCAGCAUGUGGCUAGACAGCCAGGCCAUCCCCGAAGGUCGCGACCUGGCCACGGUCAAAGCUGCCGCCAAUCAGCUCUUCAUCAUCCUAAGGCACUGGGAUGAGAACCUUCAGCUUAACAUGCUGUGUUAUAACCCCAACAGUGUCUGA